AUGGCACUGAUGCUUCCUCUGUUUAAUCCGGAUGUUCCCUGCCUCGGAGCCAUCCUUGGUGGGCUGCAACCUGGGAAGAAAAUCAUAAUCCAAGGCACCAUCACGGACGGAAGGUUCAACAUCAAUCUCCAGCUGGGACCCGAGGUGGAACCGCGUGAUGAUACGGCACUACAUCUUAGCAUUCGGCCCAGCGAGCGAAGAAUCGUGCGCAACUCGUACGUUGAUCAGUGUUGGCAGAAUGAAGAACGCUCCGGCGGUUGUCCCAUCAGUGUGGGCGAACCGUUUACACUGGAAAUAAGGGUUAAGGAUUUGCACUUCUCUGUUCGAAUCAACGAUGAAAAGUAUUGCACUUUUGCGCACCGACUGCCGAUCGAUUUGGUAAACUUUAUUCAUCUCGGUACGGGAGCUACCAUCGAUUCCGUUAUGGAAACGUUUUAA